AGCAAGCAGAGCUGGAUGACACAGAACCUGGGCCAGGAGUAUGAGGAACAACAGACAAACGUUUUGCGAAGCUGGGUGCAGACCUUCAAAGGAAAUAUAGCCAUUGUGAUGGACCGAUUCAACCAGUCAAAAGGUGUUCACAUCUUCCAGAACAUGUACGGCUGUGAGUGGGAUGAUGAAACUGAUCAGGCUAAAGGUUUUAAUCAGUUUGGAUAUGAUGGAGAAGACUUCAUUGCUCUGGACCUGAAGACAGAAUCCUACGUUGCUGCCAAACAACAGGCUGAAAUCACCAAACACAAGUGGGACAAUAAUAAAGCUGGGAUGGAAUACCUAAAGAACUACUUUGUGCAGGAAUGUCCUGAGUGGCUGAAGAAAUAUCUAAACUAUGGGAGGAGCUCUCUGAUGAGAACAGCUCUUCCUUCAGUGUCUCUCCUCCAGAAGACGUCCUCCUCUCCAGUCUGCUGCCACGCUACGGGGUUCUACCCUGAGAAAGCUGAGCUGCUCUGGAGAAAAGAUGGAGAGGAGAUCCAUGAGAACGUGGACAAAGGAGAGAUCCUCCCCAACAACGACGGGACCUUCCAGAUGAGCGCGGAGCUUUCAUCUGUUGCUGCUGAAGACUGGAGCAAGUACGAGUGUGUGUUUCAGCUCAGAGGAGAGGAGGACGUCGUCAAACCACUGGACCACCGUCACAUCAGGAGCAAUGAAGCAAACCUCAUGACCGUGAUCAUCCCCGUCGUCGCUGCAGCUGCUGCGCUCGCCGUCGUCGCUGUGAUCGCGUUCGUUCUUUACAGGAAGAGGAACGCUAAACGUCCUCCGUCUCCUGUAGAAAAGGCUGAGGUCCAGCAGCAGAUGCUUCCUGAAGCCUGAAGGACGAGCAGCCGUGCACACAGAUGGAUCCAGUUUGCGCUGAACUCAGGAGUGAUUUCACCACCGUCUG